AUGGCUGCACCAAGGGAUCAGAAGGUACAGCUGCAGGAGGGGAGUUCUUCCUGCAAACGCAGUGAGCAGCCUUCCCACGAGGUGCUCUCGGGCUGCGCGGGCAGCCAGGAGCACACACGCAUUCGGAUCUGGGGCUCAGCCCUACUGAGGCGGCCGCCGCAGCACGGUGGCUCUUCCCCUGAGGCCUGUGGCCAGCGUGACGUGCAGGGGAAGGUCGUGGGAGGCACGGACGCCCCUGAGAAAAAGUGGCCAUGGCAGGUCAGCCUGCACUAUGCAGGUUUCCACACAUGUGGUGGGUCCAUCAUUGAUGAGUAUUGGGUCCUGUCCGCAGCCCACUGCUUUGCCAGGGAAAGGAACAUUGAGGCAUUUGAUGUAUAUGUGGGCCUUGUGGACCUCAGGGUGCCAGGCAGUCAUACUCAGUGGUUUGAGGUGCAUAAGGUGAUCCUGCAUCCCACACACAAAUUAUACCACCCUGUCGGAGGCGACAUCGCUCUGGUGCAGCUGAAAAGCCGCAUUGUGCUUUCCGACUCUGUGCGUCCCGUCUGCAUUGCACCCACAGACGUGAAACUUUGGAACCUUUCUUGCUGGGCGACAGGAUGGGGAUUCAUCUCCCAACAAGGCGACACCUCAGACAAGCUGCAGGAGGUGCAGCAGCCUCUGGUCCCACUCCGCCUGUGCCAGCUGCUCUACGGAGAUACGUCACACGUCCUGCCGGACAUGCUGUGCGCUGGGGACCUCGGGGACGUGAAGACUGUGUGCGAGGGCGACUCUGGGGGCCCACUUGUCUGUGAAUUCAACCACACCUGGACGCAAAUUGGAGUCGUGAGCUGGGGGCGCGGUUGUUCAUACCCUAUGUAUCCUGCAGUUUAUGCCCGAGUCUCCUAUUUCUCAAAAUGGAUUCAUUAUCACAUAGAACAUACACCCAUACCUCUUCAGCCGCUCCCCGCCCUCUCCUCCCCUCUGGUGGCUGCCGUCAGUGUCCUCAUGACCAUGUUGGCUGUCCUGUCAGUGAUAUAAAGGCCGAGGCCCCCACCCCAGCUUCCUCAUGGCCACAUGCCUCUGUCCCUACCCAUCUCCGGCCCCUCAGAUCUUCACACACCCGAGCAAGGUGAGGGCCACCAGCCAGGCCCACGUGCAGGGUCCAGGAAAAGGCUGAAAGGGCCACACCCAGGAAGGCAGAGGCUGGUCUCACUACAGAAGGGCAGGGGGACAUGGAAGGGCAGAGCGCCUUAGCUGAGUGCUCCGGACACCUGAGAUUCAGUAAGAUAUUAAAUAUUUACAAAGCAAGUGUCCCAGAAGUCCUGUGUCCUUCUUUGUGCAGGCUCCCUCAUGCAG